AUGAGUCUUAUUCAGGAACUGAGAGACAACAUUACUAUACAAGAGCAGUCGUAUGAUAUCUAUGAUGUCUCUGAAGAUAUCAUCAUCAAUGGGAUAAUUUCAGACGACCUGGCUCGCGAGCUCCUCAAAGGAUUUUCGAACAUGUCCAACCGAUGGCUGUUUAUGACUACAGACCCUGAAAACUUACGAGCGCGGUCUCCGCUACUAUUCGGUGCCUGUGUUCUUGCUGGCCUUCACGUCAACUCUACCUUGCACGGCUCUCCAACACAUUACGCACUGUAUCGCCACGUGCAUGGGCUCCUAGGCCGAUCGCAUCUUGUCUCUCACAGUUCCCUCGAUACUGUCCAAUCAAUGCUGAUAUUUUCAAUGUGGGAUCUUCGACCCAUGCGAGACUCUGAUCAUGGCAAUUCCUGGCUCCUGAGUGGGACAGCAGCAAUGCAACUUAUGCUAACCACCCCAUUUGAUGAUUUGCUGAUUACAACCGAAGGCGUGGAAAAGCAAAGAGCCCGUGAGGUAAUUCGUACGUGGAAUUUGAUUUGCCUCUGCCAACUGCAAUUUUCCGUUGGCUCAGGUCGCCCACCUGUCAUUGCCGAACAGUACCUUGAGCAAUGUGCCAAAGUCCUUGAAUUCCCGUCCUACAAUGCACGAGAUGGGCUUGUUCUCGCUGGCAUUCAAUUAUACAGAGUGCUUUGGAGCCUCACUAGCUCGAAUUCCAUACAAACUGUGGAACCGACUUGGCCCGAGAUAGAUAAUUUACGCAAGUCACAAGAAGGGAUAUAUAACCUUGACUCUUCUGAGCCCUUGCGAUUUGCCUACUCGUGCGCGUAUCUUAUACUGGCGCGUCAGACACUACAGCACCUGAGCGAGUCGCCAUGCGAAGACGACAAAAACGAUACGCCAUUCAUAAUAUUCGCGAUCUCCCAGAGUCGUAAGAUUUUGGAAUACUUUUUAUCACUAUCAGAGUUGACAAGCUACGUUCAUCCGAGUUAUGAAAAUUUGCUAUGCUCAUUUGCAAUGGUCACUUUAGCCGAGUUUGUCGCAUGUGUGGGCAAUAUCGGCGAGGUAAUUGUGCUCAUGGACCGAGCCAUCUCACAUAUCCAGCGUGGAGGCAAGGCCGAACCAGUCAGUCGCUGGGCACUCAAUACGGUACGACAGCAUCUUUCAGGGGAGCCUGACCAAGGCCGACUUACUUCAAAUGAGAUACAAAAUAUUGGUCAGUAUCUUCUGCCUCAAGAAACUACAACGAGACCUUGGGAAGAUGCCUACUGGGAACAAGAAUUUCCGUCUCUAGAAGAGAUGUUCUUUGCAAACGUGAUGUGA